GAACGCAAAUAGAGAAUGGAGUACCACAAUAAGCAGAUCAUUAGUAUGCUAAAGGGGUUGUUUAUGAUGAUUCUGAUGAUAAUGGGGACACAAACCCAUGCUCAGCUGAGCAGUGACUUCUACGCUGAGAGCUGUCCUUCACUAUUCCCUGCCGUGAGAGGGGUGAUGCAACGGGCGGUGGCCAAAGAGCGCCGCAUGGCUGCUUCUCUCCUCCGUUUGUUCUUCCAUGAUUGUUUCAUCAAUGGCUGUGACGGAUCCAUAUUGUUGGACGAUACAUCCUCUUUUAGGGGGGAGAAAACUGCAGGACCCAACAAUAACUCUGUCAGAGGAUUCGAAGUGAUAGACAAAAUCAAGUCGAGGGUUGAGAAACUCUGCCCAGGCGUCGUCUCAUGUGCAGACAUUGUCGCCAUCAGUGCUCGUGACUCCGUCCUCCUGUUAGGUGGGCCUAGAUGGAGCGUGAAGCUUGGAAGACGAGACUCCAAGAAGGCAGGCUUCACAGCUGCCAAUUCUGGCGUCAUUCCUUCUCCAUUCAGUACACUUAAAACCCUCAUCAACCGAUUCAAAGCCCAAGGCUUGUCCGUACGUGACAUGGUCGCUCUAUCUGGUGCUCACACCAUUGGACAAGCCAACUGUCUCACUUUCAGGAACCGUAUCUACAAUGAAAGCAAUAUCGACCUCUCUUUCGCCUUAUCUAGACGUAAGCACUGUCCUGCUACUUCUGGCUCUGGCGACAACAAGAAAGCCCCUCUCGACAUCGGCUCUCCCACAAGAUUUGACCAUAGCUACUAUAAUCAGCUUCUCGAUAAAAAGGGACUCCUGACAUCAGACCAGGUCCUUUUCAACGGCGGUUCCACCGACUCCUUGGUCGGAACGUACAGCCGCAGUCGGAACACCUUCUACCGUGACUUCGUAAGGGCUAUGGUUAAGAUGGGCGAUAUUAAGCCCCUUACUGGAUCCCAUGGUCAGAUCCGCAGAAACUGUCGCAGGCCCAAUUAGAUUUCGUGCUAUAAAAGACCAUCAGGCCGAAUAAUUCUUAUAUUUCACCAAUUAUUUCAGCAAACUGUGUUUAUCAUUAUUUUUUUUGUAACUGAGCUGUGUUUAUUUUUAUAAUCUGUAUGUGUUUCUUCUUCGUUAACUGUUUAAAUAUUCAUAAGCACAAUCCAAUAGAUUGCUGAAUAGAAAUUUGUGGGUAUGCAGUUUUCAUUUACUUUCCCAUCUUCUCUCACUUCGGCUCUAUAAGAAUUAUUCAAAGCAAUAAACUUUAAAAUUUAAAUGCAACUGUGUAGUUGAUUUGUUCUAAAACGUGAAUAUUCCCCCAAUCAGCAGAAUACAUUAUGAAACAAAUUGACCAAAUAUAUAUAUCAUAAGAUGUUAAUAACAUAAUUACAUUACAUAUUUAUAUACAGAUCAGAGUAGAUACUAAAAUUUUCCAAAAUAGUAGAUAUGAUUUUCUAUUUUUCAUCGAGAUUAUUUUUCUAUCUUUUUUAAUUCAAAAACUUUAUAAAUAUAACAUUUUUAGAUUGAAUCGAUACAUAACAUAUCGAAAUUUAACAUAUAACAUACUCA